AUGUCGGCGGUCGCACUCGCCGCUCGGGUCAUUCCGACCCAGUUCGCGCCCCCCGAUGGGCGACAACUCGAUCGUCCGGUCGCGCGCGCCUCUCGCGUCCGGGUCAGCCGCGCGACCGUAUCCCCGCGCGCGCUUCAGAGGGCGGAUGGUGACGACUUCGAGCUCCUCCGAGAGCUCGGCAAAGUGUCCUACGCCGUGGAGCAGCAGGCUGGGGAGGCUACGCUCAAGUGGCGCGGCGGGGACGACGGCACCGUGCCCGACUCCUUCUCCGUGGUCGGCGCCGCGCCACUCGCCGGCGGCGUCGCCGAGAUGAAGCUGUACGCGGGCAAGGUUGUGGGAUGGGAGGGCCCCGACGGCGGCGAGCGAGGGCCGCGAGUCCCCGACGUGCUGCUGAAGGAGUACUGCAACGAGCCCGCGGCGUCGAUGGCCGACGCCGAGGUGGACGCGUACACGAAGCUGUACUCCAACCCGAACGACUCGACGAUCGGGCAGACGUGGGACGGCCAGGCCGUGGGCACGCCCUUCGACCCGGCGUCCAUCCCCGUCGUGCCCCUCAUCGCGUACUUCACGUCGGACUCUGUCGACGGGGUGGGGACCAGUCUGUGGACGGUCCAGGCGUGGGGACCCGGGGGCGUGUCGCGGCUGGCGGAGUACCCGGGAAAACAGCAGGACGUAAAGAAGCCGUCGUUCUGGCCGCCGGUGCAGAGGGUGAGGGACGUCGGACUUGGUCCGAGGCACAGGUUUGUGAGGAACGCGGUGAAGGGGGUGUUGGCGGCGGUGGACGCCAUCCAUCGCAGGAACGUGGCCCACAACGCGAUCGACGCCUCGUCGUUCCAGAUGAGCACCCUCAAGGACCAGAAGGCUGACGAGUUGGAGGUUCGGCUCAUGAAUCUCGGGUUCGCCGGGGAUCUGACCGAGGACAAGAGGCGGGGGGACCUGAGGUGCGCGGCGAUUGUCGUCGCCGAGUUGGUCUUCUCGGCGCUGUCGGCGGCUGGAUCGGACAAGGGCCGAACCUCCGCCGCGGCGAUCCAGCGGCUGUUCGAGCAGGUCUUCUCGCUGGACAUGACGCAGGCGAGGGAGUACUGCGUGGAGGAGCCCGAGUGGGAGGCUGUGGUGGAGUUCUGGGACUACCGGGACAGGCAGGGCGACGGGUGGGCGCUGCUCGGAGACAUGUGGCGGGGCGAGCUGUCAGCUGAGGAGCUGCUCGCGCGCGCCGAGGCGAUCGAGACCCCGUACGACUGA